AUGGUACAGAGACCUCCGCCUUCAAUAGAUCCGCGACAACGCAUUUUCGUUCGCCUCUUCGGUUCUCUCCUCACACGAACCCAGUACAUCGUGAUCGACCUCACGAUCCCUUGUAUCAUCCUGCGUAUCUUCAAUAAGGACGACCAGGACUUCUUCCCGAUGGAUUUGUCGUACGUGCUCGCAAGGACUUCGUCCAGAGAGGAUCAUUGGGUACCACAAGACUUUGACCCUAUCGCCUGCAUUGAUGCAUCACCACGCAAGAUCAACUACGUUCUCAUCUACCCCACUGCGUCUAACGUCCUCGCCAGUGCAUCCAGCGAACACGCAGUUAAGCUUUGGGAUCUUGCUGAUACCGAUCGCCCACGCUCUGUUCUCACCGGACACAACGAUACAAUUCAGUGUCUCACCUUCAAUUCCACCGGCACACUCAUGGCGAUUCUAUUCGAUCCUCGUGCUGGUGGCGAAGCUGUUCACAUCACUGAGAUAUUAAGGGCACUCAUGCCGUAUAGAUGUAGUCUCGAAAUGUGA